AUGAAAACUCUGGUCCUCGUCACUCUGGGUCUGGUCGCCCUGGCCGCCGCCCGCCCCUCCGACAUCAUCGACUUCGAGGAGGACCACAUGGAGCACGAGCAGGAGGGCAUUCCAGGGACGGCCGUGGAGGGCGAGUACUCGUGGGUAGCGCCCGACGGCAACGAGUACUACGUCAAGUACGUCGCCGACCGCUUCGGUUACCGAGUCGUCGAGGACAACGUUCUGCCGGAGAUCCGUGACGCCAAACCCGACGGUGAAAUGGCCGAGGACGACGACGACGAUGACGACGCUGAAUUCCGUGCUGAUGAGGACGAGGAGGACGAAGAGGACGACGAUUAG